AAGAAGAAGAGAGAAACAUUAGUAAAGAUGGCGGAGAAAAGCAGCACGGAGCGUACGGAGGAUGACAACAUGGAUAAAAAUGUUGCCGCCCGAGCACCUAUGAUGGUGGUCACUGUGAAAACUCCAAAUGGAAAAGAGGACAUCUCGAUUCCAGAGGAUUCUUCUGUCUCUCAGUUCAAACUGGAGGUGUCCAAGAAGUUUGAGGCCCAGCACGACCAGCUGGUGUUGAUAUUCGCUGGAAAGAUUCUGAAGGACGGCGACACGUUAAACCAGCACGGUAUCAAAGACGGCUUGACCGUUCAUCUUGUCAUCAAGACUGCCCCGAAGUCGACAGGUGACAGUACAUCUCAAACGACUUCCCGUUCGGCAACACUUCAAAAUAGCAGCAGCAGCAGCAGCAGCAGCAGCAGCAGCAGCAGCAGCAACGUCGGCGCCACGGCAGACAGAGCCACAACUGGCACGAGUCAGACGCCAACGCCACCUGCUCAUGCGAUGGGUGGACUUGAGGACAUGUCCAGCUUGUUGGGUCUGGGCAUGCGUUCCUCCAGCUUCAUGGAGAUGCAGCAGCAGGUGCAGACCCAGCUGAUGUCCAACCCGCAAAUGCUGUCGCAGAUGAUGGGCAACCCUAUGGUGCAGAACAUGAUGUCCAACCCGGACCUGAUGAGACAGAUGCUCGCAGGCAACCCUCAGAUGCAGCAGCUGAUGGGACGGACCCCGGACGUCUCCAGCAUGUUCAACAACCCUGAGCUCAUGAGACAGAUGCAGAGUCCCGAAACACUGUCUAUGCUGACCAACCCCAGAGCCAUGCAGGCCCUCACACAGAUCCAACAGGGCCUGCAGACCUUACAGACAGAAGCCCCAGGAUUCAUGUCCAGAUUGGCUCCUGGAGGUCUUGCAGGUCUCCCAGCCAGCGGCGGCAGCAUCACCACAGAGAUCCCUCAGCCUCCUUCCAUGGCAACAGCAUCCAGCCCCACCUCACCCACCAGUCCCUCUGACCAACAGCUGCUUCAACAGAUGUUACAGAUGUUUGCUGGAGGAAGGCCAUCGGCUCAGACCCCCGAAGUUCGUUUCCAGCAGCAGCUGGACCAGCUCAACACCAUGGGCUUCAUCGACCGCCAAGCCAACCUGCAGGCCCUCAUCGCCACAGGAGGGGACGUCAACGCCGCCAUCGAGAGACUCCUGGCCUGACGCGCUCAGGGUCGAAGUCUGGUACAGUCUUGGACUGGAAUGGCCGAUUCUUUUUUUCCUUUCUAUUUUUUUUUUUUUAAACAAGUUAACACAUGAGUGCAGUCCUACAUCAAAUGCUGGUCUGACUUGGCACCCAGAUAUCACUUAUAAUCUGGCUGAUGUUUAAAUUAUAGGAAGAAAAAAACAGGGGAAGUUGGUGAACCCCAGUGGGGGAGGUUGACGGGGCUCAUGGUUGGUUUCUAACAGAACUGGUCCCAUGCUGUGGCGGCACCGGUACAGCCGACAAUCAGUGAGGUCCGCCUGUGUGGCACCAGAGGAUUUCUGACCUGACGAGUGUUCAUUCACUGGAUGUCCGCACACGGUUACCAAGGAAUUCAAUUUUAAUUGUUACUUAGAUUGACAUUGUAUAAUUGUAACACAUUGUACUUACUUUUUAUUUGGCUGUUGUUGCAGUAGGUUGGAUGAUAGUCUUCUGUGCUCUCAGCUUGUUUAUUUGUUUUGUCCUUUUUUUUUAGUUUAUCUAUUCAAAGUUUAUUUUUUUGCUGCUUAAAUGUUUUAGGAUUGGAAUUGAAUUCCAGGACCAACUGUGUGUGUUUGUGUGUGUGUGUGUAAUGUAUUUGUGUGUGUGGGGGGCGAGGGAGAUUUUCCUCAGGUACAUUAGUCAGGUUUUUCAUUUGCAGAAUUAGCCAAAAUAGUCAUUUUCAUUUUCAAGUAUUAUUAUUAUCAUCUUAUUAGUCUGAAUCUAUAGAUUGUUCCACAAAGGAAGCCCCAGAAUCACAGUAUCGCCUUAAAAACAUCAAAUACCGUACACCACUCGCCCUUUGUGUAAACCCUUGCAUUGGUAUAAAAACCUCAUUAAUUUAGGUUUUCCUUUUUCUUCUUAAGUAUAGAAUGGUGUCUCCAUGGAAUGUCGAUGCCUAAUAUUAUACUGCGAUUCAUUGUGAUUGUUGCCAUCUUGGAUUCUGCAAAACAAUCUGAAAUCUAUUGUUGCAUGUCUCCCUAUGUGGACAAAGUCGCCAAACAAGGUUUUAUCAGUCCAAUAAAUUAUUUGCAAUGUGUCUUGUCUGUUGGAAAUGUGUGGUUUACUUUGGCAAUGCAGUUUGACUACUGCUAUGUUACAUUUAACCAUUGACUUUGAGUGUUUUUGCCUGUAGCCUGUUAGUUUUCUUGUCAUGUGAUAUUUGGACGGUAUCAGAAGUAGAUCUGUAUAUGUCUUCCUUAGAAAUCCAAUCAAUUAAUUGAAAUACUACAGUGAUGACAUUAUUUUAAGUAAAUGUAGCUUACCAUAAAUACUAAUCCAGUUAUCAUAAAAGUCUGUAUUGUGCCUUUUAUCAAACAUAACAACACAGUUGUUUUAAUUAUUAAAAGGUAAAUGACC